CCGGCUGCUGGGGGGGCACCCCGCGCCGGGAAGAGGCCGCGCCGCAGCGGAGCUUCAGCACCAAGGAUGGGAUUGAAAGAGCUCCAUCUGAUUGGCUGACAGAAUUCGAACCAUCGACCAACCGUAGCGUGGUGUUUAAAAAGGACCAAUAGCAGAGCACUUCGUUCUGCCGAUUUCGUCACUACGCCUGUCGUCCAAUGGAAGCGCUGAUUUCUGAUACCAGCGAUUUGCAUAAGGGCCCUAUAAAUAGAGGAGUAAUCGCAUCAACCGGCACUCCGCGGUGACCCAGCAGCCAGGGAGUGCAGCCAUGCCCGAGCCAGCCAAGUCCGCCCCCGCGCCCAAGAAGGGCUCCAAGAAGGCGGUGACUAAGACGCAGAAGAAGGGAGACAAGAAGCGCAAGAAGAGCCGUAAGGAGAGCUACUCCAUCUACGUGUACAAAGUGCUGAAGCAGGUGCACCCCGACACGGGCAUCUCGUCCAAGGCCAUGGGCAUCAUGAACUCCUUUGUCAACGACAUCUUCGAGCGCAUCGCGGGCGAGGCCUCCCGGCUGGCGCACUACAACAAGCGCUCCACCAUCACGUCGCGGGAGAUCCAGACGGCCGUGCGCCUGCUGCUGCCCGGCGAGCUGGCCAAGCACGCCGUCUCCGAGGGCACCAAGGCUGUCACCAAGUACACCAGCUCCAAGUAGGGCGCCUCGGACCGUCACUUCUAACCCAAAGGCUCUUUUAAGAGCCACCAAUUUUUUCAAUAAAAGGGCUGAAUCAGU